AUGCUUAACCUCAUCAGCAUGGGCGUUUGGGCCCUUCAGGGGAUCAUGGCCAUUGUUGUCCUCGGCCUCUCUAUCGAUCUCGUCAAAGGGCAGAAAAUUGGCGACGCUCCUACAACAAACAAAUACAGCACCUUUACUGGCGGCUUUGGAUUAGUCGUCGCAGUGCUGGGCUUGAUAUCUGUCUUCAUAGACGCCAUUCCGGCUCUCGUAGUGAUGGCCGCGGAUGCCCUGAGCGGAGUCUUUCUCCUCGGUGGUGGUAUUGCUUUCGCCAUUGGUUUACGCGGUGUUGCGUGUAACAACAAGCAUGGGGCAGACAUCGUGAACAGCGACAUCAUCAACGGUGGGAGAUACAAGAAAAAUGGAGACUGGUAUUAUUCACCUGAUGCAACCGACGAGUUCUUGUUGGAGAGGUGCAAGAAGGCAACCGCAGAUCAGGCUAUGCAAUUUGUGACGUUUGGAUUUGCGCUGACGACUAUUAUUCUCGUGUUCCUGGUAUGGAAGAACGGUCGUGGAGGCCGACGUACUAACUACGUUUGA